AUGUCCUUCUCUCUUGCUUCUUUAUCCUUCGGCGGCCUGCUCCUUUGGUGUUUUGUCCUGGCAAUUGCACUUGGGGCUAGCAUUCUUCUCUUUCUACUCAUCUCGCUCACGAUUUCCCAGAAUAUCAUUCCCUCCAAAUGUCGCCCAAGAGGAUCUCCUACCCACCUGUUGGUUGUACUUGGAAGUGGUGGGCACACAGCUGAGAUGCUCUACAUGCUCGAGCGCAUGAAUUUCGACCCUCAAAUCUACACGUAUCGGACAUACCUCGUGAGCUCCGGAGAUAACUUCAGCGCAGACAAAGCCAAGGAUUUCGAGGCUCAACAUGUACAAAAUUCUCAGGGCCAUACCCAUAACAAGAACUACACUAUUGUCACAGUGCCCCGUGCCCGACGGGUCCAUCAAUCCUAUCUCACCGCGCCAUUCUCCACGCUUCGAUGUUUCUGGGCUUGUCUCAAUGUUCUUCGGGGACUUCACCCGGAUCAAAGGCUCCCAAAUGAAUACAACUCACUCUACCCUGAUUUGAUUCUUACAAACGGUCCCGCUACAGCAGUCUGCGUUGUCGCAGGCGCAAAACUCAUUCGUUUCUUUCUAUGUUUGGCCAAAUGCGCUGCCUUGUGUCUGGGUCUGCGAACAGUCUCCUCGUUCGCAUUGGCACCAAAGCUACGCACUAUUUACAUCGAAUCGUGGGCCCGUGUGAGCUCGCUUAGUACCUCUGGUGUCUUGCUGUUGCCUCUGGCCGACCGUUUUCUUGUCCAAUGGCCUGCCCAGGCCGGACGACGGGCCUGGUGGGGGAUGAAGAGAACCCAAUAUGCAGGAUGGCUUGUGAUCUAA